UGCGCAGCGGGGGCUCGCCCCCUGCACCGCGGCGCGCUCAGCGGCGUAGGGGAGAGGGCGGUCGGUGGCGGCGGCGGCGAGGCGCGAGGCGGUGGCGGCGGUGGUGCGGGCGGCGGGAUGACAGGGGAGGCGGCGGGAUUGACAGGGGAGGCGGCGGCCACGCUCGAGCGGAGCGGCGCGAGAAGGGGGGGGGCGGCGGCGAGGCGCCGGUCUCGGUGAGCGGAGCGGCGGCGGGAGGAGGAGCAGCGGCGGCGCUCGCUCGCUGUUGACGGGAGCGCUUUUGAGCCUGUGAGCCCAUGCCACUG